UCACAAGAGUUCAAAAUAUUCUGAAGUGGGAUGAGAGGAAGGGUUUGCUCUGUUGCGGACGAUGGUUUCCGGGUGACAAAAUCAUUACUCUAGGGAGGGGAAAGAAGAUCUUGUGUAAGAGUAUGUUUUGUGUUCUUGUGACGGUUAUAAAGACAAUGCAUGGCUCCUACUGUAAGGCAAUCAAAUUUCUUGUGUGUCUAUUUUGGGUGUCCAAGUCUUCAUCAACUACCGGUACGGUACCAUUCGUCAACGGCUUCCUUCCUUGUCUGAUGCGUCUCAUCAAUCUAGACUUUCCAACCAGUUCCUGACGCAAUUCAUGCCGAUAUAGUCGUUCUACAAUAAAUAUCAAUUUUAUAGCGAUAUAUUCCAUCGAAUUGCACGUUUGACUGCUGGGACAUUAGCUCUAAGCAAAUAAUUUAAAUCAACUCGCCGCUCACCUUGUGCUUUUGCUUCGAUAUCAUUAUUAUAUCAUCAUAACAUGUAAUAUGACAACACCCGGUGGAUUAAAUACUAACACAAACGCUUAUUCAGUUGCUAACAAUGCGACAUUGCUUACGAGUCACAUGACGAAUAAUAUGUAUGAUUUAUUUUCGUGUGGAAACAGUUAUAACCAAUGUGUAGGUAAAACGUCGGGCGCCGAGUCAUUAGUCGAAAGAUGUUCAAAUCAAGAAAGCAAGCCAAAAUCAAGCGCUGUUCACGAAACGAGCGGAUUGGACAAAGACGUAACGAGCACGACUAACGAGAUUCCUCAACCAAGCGAUGGUACAAGAAAUGCCGGCAACACUACCGAGGUAACACAAAAUAAUGCAAACAUUAAAAAUAUACCUCCGGAUACAGUAGAAUGUAUAACUCCUACCACAAGUUCUGGUCUAUUAGAUGUCCGUUUACGCUCGAGAGGGGCUUCGCUUUGGGAAGAUGCUUUAAAACGGUUACGAUUCCAUAACGCAACGCAAUUGGAAAGUUCUGACUCUCUAUAUUCUAGAAGAGAUAGUUCAUCGCCUCCGCGUAGAACAAGUAAAUUUAAAAAUCUUCGUCGAAAGACUACACAAGUUCACCCAUACCCUGUUAAUAAUACAAUGGCUGCAUUCCUACGAAACAGAUCGUCGGGUUUAUCCAUGUCUAGUCGACUGGAGGAUGCAUGUAGAUCAUGUGGGACGUCCGCAAGUGGAAUAAUAUUGCCAACAAUGAAGUGCGAUUUCAAAUCGAGUGAACUUGAAUCUUUGUACCAACGAUACUUUUUAAAACAAAGACAAAGAUCGUUGAUGGUACUACACGGUAUCGAAAUGCUGGCAAAAAUUCUUCUUAUUGUUGUUUUGUUCAACAUGGAGGGGUACCAUACAGGACUCAUUAUCGCCUCAGGAGUAUCAUUCCUUCUUAAUUUCCUCGUAUUUCUACUUCUUAUUAUUUAUCAAAGACUUUCAUUAAAAAAACUUCGAUGGAUUGGCAUACUAACGUGGAUCUUAUUAGCGAUUGAAUUGAACGCAUCUAUCAUUAUUUAUCAUGGUAUUUGCAGGUAUUCUUCUUUACUAGAUUUUGAAUGGUUUGUAAUAUUUGUUAUUUUCGCCAGCUACACAAUGCUUCCAUUUUCGUUGCCGGCGUUGUUGACAAUCACUUUGUCCAUUUCUGUUGUGCGAUUCUCGUUACAAUGUGGAUUUGUUUUUUCUUCAGACUCUAAAACACGUGAUAUGUUAAAAGAGUUGAUUUCGAGUUUACUUAUACUUUGCUCUGCGAAUAUUUCCGGCUUGUACACGUGUUAUUUAUCGGAUAGAAUCCAUCGGCAGUCAUUCUUAGAAACCCGAAAGUGCGUCGAGACCCGCAUACAGAUGGUCAAAGAAAACCAGAAGCAGGAGCGUCUUUUACUUUCGGUGUUACCGUCUUUCGUCGCCAAGGAAAUGAUGCAAUAUUUGGCUUAUGAAAUCGAAUGCAACAAUAUUCAGCAGCCAACAAGAUUCCAUAAAAUCUAUAUCCACAGAUAUGAGAACGUAAGUUUGUUAUUCGCCGACGUGAAAGGGUUUACGCAGAUGGCUGCUAAUAUGACAGCAAAAGAACUUGUACGAACUUUAAAUGAACUCUUCGGGCGAUUUGACAGAAUAGCACAGGUGAACUCAUGUUUACGAAUCAAGAUACUAGGAGAUUGUUAUUACUGUGUAUCCGGUUUACCGAAUGCUGACACCAGACAUGCGCAGAACACAGUGGAGAUGGGUCUUUCCAUGAUAAAAGCCAUCAAACUUGUAAAUAAGAAGACAGAGGUGAACCUAGACAUGCGCAUUGGCAUCCACUCUGGUUCGGUACUGUGUGGUGUAAUGGGACUUCGGAAAUGGCAGUUCGAUGUUUGGAGUGAUGACGUCACACUGGCUAAUCAUAUGGAAUCUGGAGGUGUUCCUGGGCGUGUCCACAUCUCGGAAACCACGCUGAAGUACCUAGGUGAUAGCUAUGAUGUGGAGGAUGGAGACGGGGCUAGCAGGGACGCAUACUUGCGCUCGAAGUCAGUCAGAACGUACCUAAUAAAACAACAGGAUGGAAGCAACUCUGCUGAUGCUGACCUUGUCGAUGACCGGGAUAGUUUAUACGCAAACAAUUUUCCGACAACGGAUAAUGGUGUGACGUCAUACAAUGGCCAAAAGAUACAAACUACUAUCCUCCAAAAUGAUGACACUAUACUGCCGGUCCCAUCAUUUGAAUUUACUAGGAAAGAUUCAAUUGGUACCGUGUCGCUCACCUCCUGGAGUGCAGAGCUGCCUUUCACACACCUGGGCCAUCAUCAGCAGAAGAAACAUUCUAUCUGUAGCGCCCUUAGUCAAAUGCACACUGGGUUGUUGAGUUUGACGAGUCAGAGGACGAGGCGCAAAUCUGAUAGUGAAGUGAAUCGCAUUAUUGCACAGGGGAUGACACUCAAAUCGUCGGUUUCUCUCACUAAGCAACACGUCAACCGGCUCACUUUGUGUUUCAAUGACAGAAAUCAUGAAAAAAAGUUUUCGUUACUGAGAGAUGAUACGUUUAAAUCAAACACGCUGUGUGCGUUCAUCAACCAAGUCUUCAUAGUUUCCAUUAUGUUAACAUCAUACGGGAUAAAUUGGGGAAAUUGUUUAAUUGGUAUAUCAUCCACCAUGCUAUUCGGCUUUGGGUUGUUUGUUACAUUGGCUGAGUCCUUUUCGAAAACACCGAGAUGCAUACGACGUCUGUCCGAGUAUAUAGCAGAAAACAGGCACGUUCGAACUCUUCUCGUCAUCUACUACGUUUCGUUAGCUAUUCUAACUACCAGUCUUGCUUUAGGACCGUAUACCUGUCAUUGUAACUUUAACCAUAGCAACGCCAGCGUGCCUGAGAUUGAUUAUGAUAAGACUCAGCCAAUACAGUGUUUUUUCAUAUUUGGAAUAUUGGAUAUGCAAUUAUGUGCGGUAUUUAUUCAUCUGAACCACCUCGUGAAAGGAGUAGUGCUAAGCGGUACCGCUGUUCUUUAUGGUGUUCUUCUAAAAUGGUAUCAUUACGACACUGAUAAAUUUAGUAUACUUAACUAUUGGUGUAUACUUGUGUUAUUUGUUUUGACUUGGAGCAAACAUGGCCGUUCAUUAGAAGUUAAUCACCGUCUAGAUUUUCUUUGGAAACUGCAAGAUAUCAUCAUACAAUAUGAUAGACUAAUAGCGCUUCAUGCCAACAAGGCUUAG